GCUCAGGCAAGUAGUAGACGCUGGGCCUCGCACAGGCGCUACCCUUGUUUUGCUAACCUACCUGACAGCGCGGCCGACGCGACGAGCCAUCUCUUCUUUGCCUAUCUCCGCUCGCUCGCGCCGGAGCCGGUUCGCGGCGGCAUAUCGAUGCUGCCCAUGUCGCUGCAGAAGCUCCUGCAGGAGACCGAAUACCCGCCCCAGAGGCCCGCACUUUUGCAGACGUCGACCUACCGGGUGGCCAUGAUCGUCGACACCGUGUCACCGACACCGUUCGCCCUGCUGCGGAGGGCCAACCACUUCCAGUACCGCGAUGAAGACCGGGCGCUGAAGGAAUGGUCCGAGUACGAGGAUCCCAUCCAGGCUCUGACCGAAGAGUGCCGCAGAGUCCUCAGGGCGAUCGCCGCGGCCAACCAGUCGCAGGCUGUCUCGAGCUCGAAGCAUUCGACCAGCCUUCGCGACGCUUCCUGGUCCCGAUUCGAGGACAUCGGUUUCGCCAGUACUUACGAGGACGAAGAUACAGACGACGACCCGACAAGUACUUCGCUGCGCCACGUGCAGGGGCUGCGGACCACGCCCGCUUCCGGAAGGGGUGAUCUCGGGCGGCCGACUACCCCGUCCUGGGCCGACUUUCUCUCGUCCGGCUUUGUGGAUGAGCGCGGUACACCGAACAUCUUGUUGCCCCCGGACAAGGCGCUGCCUCCCAUCGACACGGGCACCUCUCGGCAGCGCAGCUCUCAGUCCCACAGGCCGAGGCUAGAGUCCGAACAGCAGCUCGAGCCGGGCGAGCUGGCGAGCAUCGUCCGGUUCGAUCUCGACGACGCCUUCUGGUGGGUCUGGAUGAGCAGUCUGGCGCCAGAAGAGACUCCCGAGAGGAAGGCGGUCUUUGGCCGCUGUGCCGUGAUCGAAACGAUCAUCCGCACUGGCCGCUGGCUCGUCAUGGAGGAGAUCGUCAAGGGCGCAGCUCCCGAUCCCGAGGAAGGCGCCUACAUCGCGGAGAAGAAGGGCUUCUUCAGCUGGACCCGCCGCGGUAAGGGGUUGAAUCGAAGGAAGUCCACCGGAAAGCACGCACUGGAGAAGGGCGACGGGCACCUGAAGGCGAGCAACACCAUGGGCUUCAGCAAGACGAGUAUUGGGCCGGACCAGCAAGCCAAGAUCCAGGCUGCCGCGCUGCAGCUCCAGAGGCAGGAGCAGCAGAAGGCGCAGCAACAAGCCCAAGAGGCCCAGGAGCGGAGGGGGAGGAAAGACACCGACUGGCUGGCCGAGAAGACCAACAGUGUCUUAACGCUCCAGCCAAGCAUCCUCAAUGAGGCAUCACCGGCCGUCAAGUGGGCUAGCAAGUAUGAUAAGGAGGCGAUAAGGGAAGCUUACCUUGCCGAUGCAAACGCCGGCCGUGGUGUCAGCACUACUUCGCUCACCAAUGGCCACGCUGCGCAUACGUCAGACGACGAUGAGGCCCGCCCGGAACUCCCCUCCAAGGCGACGGCGGCCGCGCACCGCGACGAAACGCCAACCCCCGGAGCGCCGAACCAGGAGAAGAAGGGAUUAGAGCCACCUCAGGAGGUUCAUCCCGCAGAGCGAGCGCAAAGCCCUGUACCUCCGCCGAAAGAGGCGGGGGCCCUGGAGCUAGCCAGGGAGCAGAUGGUUUCUCCGGAACCCGGCGUCGGCCCCGACGGGCAGAAGCACAAGAAGCUCCACAAGGAGGCGGCCAAGCCCGCUGCUGCCGGCGGCGGCGGCGCCUUGAAGAAGCUCUUCAGCCGCAAGAACAGGAAUUCCAAGCUGCCCGAGAACGCCGCAGAGCAGCUCAAGUCGCUUACUGCUGCCGCAGAGGAGUCGUCCUCUCCCGCGCCUGCUUCCCCGGCGGCGGCUCCAGCGGCUCCAGCGGCUCCUGCUGCCCCUGCUGCCCCUGCUGCCCCGACCGCCCCGGCGGAAGCGGAAGCUGCUGCUGCUGCUGAUCCUGUUGGUCCUGCUGCCCCUGCUUCCCCUGCUCCCCCGGCCGCGCCGCAGAAGACCACGGAGCGGGAAGAGGCCCCGGCCCCCCCUUCAAAGGAACAUCCCGCUGUCCUGCGGAAACCCCAGCCCGUUCCUGAGCCUGCUCCGGCCCCUAAGCCAUCCGCUCCCCAGGAAGUUUCGCCGGUGAGCACGGACAACAACGUCGUUAAUAAGGACGAGUUUUCUCGUUUCGAUCAGGGCCCGCUUCUGGACCAGCCCGCCUUUGUUCCAGAGGACAGCACGGAUAAAGACGAGGCAGUGCCACCUCCCAUCGCCAGGCACUCCCCUCGCGUCCCGUCCCCCGGGCAACAGCAGCAGCAGCAGCAGCAACAACAACAACAGAAGCCUGUCGUUGAGGAGAAGAAGGCAGCACCCACUCCGGCCUCCGCGGCUCGCGCUACUGACCCGCAGGACCGGUGGGCGCAGAUGCGCAAAAACGCCGCCGAACGGGCUGCCUACCGCCAGGCCACACAGGCCUCUAGGCUCUCGACGAGCUUCACGGACGACAGCAGUGAAGAGACGAUCGAGUCUCGUGUCGCCCGCAUCAAGGCCAGGGUGGCCGAACUGACCGGCGGCAUCGAGGGAGGACCUGGCGCUCGGCCACCACCGCCCCCUAUCCGCCGCUAAGUUGUGAUACAAUCCCCCCUGCCCCCUCCCCAUUGUUGGCGCUGGAGCUCGCCAGUGUAAAGUGAGAACAAGUGAGAUUGUGUCAGGUUCAGGAUGAGUUUUGCUUCUCGAUGCGCCCUAUCCUCUCGGGCAAUUUUUUGAUUUCUGUGUUUUUUUUUGCCAUGCGGCGGCCACGCAAUGUUGCCUGCAUUUUAUUGCUUUUUUUCCCUUCUCUUUCGUUGAUGGGAUUC